UGUUAUGUAUUUCCGUCUGCCACAAGAACACAUUGUUGACCAAUCCUCAUGUCCACAUUAUAGCAGUUAUGAAGAAUUCCACUGAUUUGGGACCCAGUAAUAUCACUGGUGACUCUAUGGGAGGGAUUGUGCUGGUGCCUUUCUUCCUUAUCACUGUGCUUGGUGUAGUAGUUGCUGUGAUCAUGUAUAUAAAGAAGAGAAAAAGAGUUGAUCGACUCAGGCAUCAUCUGCUGCCGCUAUAUAGCUAUGACCCUGCAGAGGAAAUACACGAAGCUGAGCAAGAACUUCUGGGUCAAGAAACCAAGGUUGUACAUGGUUGGAACAGUGGAUACCACCAAUAUAAGAGGGCAUCAUUAAGAGACGUGACCGCUUGA